AGUACUGAAAACGAGCCCAUCGCCAGCCCUGGAUCGGUGCGGAACCGGAACCGUGUGAACAGGGAAACAACAUGGCGGACGACGCCACGCGCAGGACCGUGUCAAAUAUUCCUUUACUGAAGACGCACGCGGGGCCACGGGAUCGCGCGCUGUGGCCGCAGCGGCUGAAGGAGGAGUACCAGGCGCUGAUCCGGUUCGUGGAGCAGAACAAGGCUGCCGAUAACGACUGGUUCCGACUAGAGUCCAACGCGGACGGCACGCGCUGGUCCGGGACUUGCUGGUUCGUCCACGAGCUGCUGCGAUACGAGUUCCGGGUGGAGUUCGACAUCCCGGUCACAUAUCCGGACACCGCGCCUGAGGUGGCGGUCCCGGAGCUGGACGGGAAGACCGCCAAGAUGUUCCGCGGAGGGAAAAUCUGCCUCACUGAACAUUUCGCACCGCUGUGGGCGCGCAACGUACCUCGCUUCGGACUCGCGCACCUGAUGGCGCUGGGCCUCGCGCCGUGGCUCGCGGUGGAGAUCCCGGACCUGAUCAGCAAAGGGCUCGUGAUCCAUAAGGAGCGGCCUCGCGGAUCCGUGGAAUGACGUCAGAAGCAGGACUUCAGGCCAGAGAGACCAGAUGUCUCCAGCUUUAGGUUCUCGAUGGACCCGGAUGUUGGAGCUCAUCGUUUUAGUCAUUAGAUUUAAGAACAAAUAAAGUUUGAAGAGAAAAGAACGCCUUGUUUAUGUUGGCAAGCCAUUUGGUUAUUUAACAGCAUGUUAAUAAAUUAUCAUUUGUCUGAUGAAGAUGUUGGAGUUACAGCUGCAGAAGAAGUAGAACGUCUCCCGGUGUUGGAGAACGUUAGGGAUGUGUGAGGAACUCAGGUUAAUGGCUGCCACUUAUUUUUGCAUUAAGAAAAGUCUCCAAACUGCGAAGGUUGGUGUCAGAACUUGAACUGAAAUGGUUCUCCAUGCCUUAAUUACUGUAACACACUCUUCACAUGUUUCAACAAAAGCAGCUGCUUCUGCAGUCCCACAGGCCGACAGGACUCUUUCUGAAGCUCGACAGCAUCAAUAACCAUCACUGUCCACCAACGGGUUUGGGGGUUGCCACCAUGACAGGCACCACCGACAACUCUGCGGCUGCAGCUCCGGUCAGCCGCCUCAAAACUAGAAGCACAGAACACGGCCCACUCAGACUCGAUGUUCCCCGCUUUCCUCGGGGAGGAAAAUCCCUCCCUUCUGACAGGAGACUCCGCCAGACGUUCCCAGCAGACCCUCACAAUACGUUUGGGCCUGCCGGGUCUGACCGGCUUCCUCCCCACCAUUGAAGCCAAUCACCGCCAGGCAGUGGUCAGUUGGCAGCUCCGCCUCUCUCUUCAUGACAUGCAUGUGAUCAAAAACAUUGAAUCUCAACUCUGAGGCUGCUCUGUAAAUCGUUUUCAAAGAAACAAAACAUAAAGCAACUUCUGAUCAAUCCA